CCGCUAUUUGUCAGAUUCCAAUAGAAAAGCAGAAAAAGCAAAACUGUUCCUGUGUUGUUUGGUUCUCUCUGCGUCGUUUUUUAUCGGACGGUUUCCAAUCCAUAGGGGCGGAGAAAUCUUCGGGAGCAUGGCGCAGCCGGUGGCUGCAGCAGCGGCAGGAGGCGGAGGGAGGCAACAGCAGCAGCAGCCGCAGCCAGCGGGGGGUUUUGGCCAGACAAUAACCGGAGUCAUACGAAUAGCAGUCUUUUGGUACUUUGCGUCCAAAUUCUUCGCUCCUAAGAAGACCCUUGAUCCUUCUGUUCAGAUCUCUAAUCUCUUCCACAAGGGUGAAUCCCUGGACAUGUGGGUUUAUCUUUCUGAACAUGAAAGGUUCAAUGACUUUGGUAAUGAAAAAGCACUUAUUUGGCAUGAGACAAAUAUACCUUAUGCUGUUUGGGGACCGGAAAGUACCAGGUCUCUGUCUGCCAACUAUUAUCCAUCUGAGGCGGUGAAGCACAAUGGCAGUCUUUAUGCUCAUGUGUUCUUUACCCGUUCUGGUUACCCACCUGACCCCAGUGAUCCUGAGUACCAGCCGUUGGCUGCUUUUGGAAGGACUCACCCUGUUGUGACAUUCCUGCCCAAGUCAAGAACUGAUAAACGGAGAAGUUUGUUGGGAGAUUCCAAAGGCUCCGGUCAGGACGCAACAAUAUCUGAGGUGGUCGAUCAAGCUAAGGAUGAUUCCAAUGAUGGUAGUCCUAUAGAAUGGGUGUCAUAUUGGAAACCGAACAUUACUGUCAACUUGGUUGAUGAUUUCACAAGGUAUCCCAAGAAUGCUGUUCCACCAAAUAUAGUGCCUUUCUUGAAUAUUGAACCUAAAACAGGGAAUUACCAUCCAACUAUUUUCUUCAAUGAGUUUUGGUUGCUUAGAGAUAAGUUAAUGCCGAUAAAUGACACAGUAGAGGAGUACCCACUGAAUCUUGAGGUGGGCCCAAUAAGCAUGACCAAGUGGCAGCUGUUUCUGCAGAUUGAUCAGUCAUUCCAGAUUCAUCGUAAUUAUGGAAGCAUGCUUGAGGGUGAGGCUGAUGAGCUUAAGAGAGUAUUCUUGGAAGGGAAUCCCUACCUUCUGGUGAUCACAAUGGUUGUCUCAGUACUUCAUUCCAUAUUUGACUUUUUGGCAUUCAAAAAUGAUAUUCAAUUUUGGAACAAAAAUAAAUCCAUGGAAGGGCUAUCUGCAAAGUCAGUUAUUGUGAGCUUCAUAUGUCAACUCAUUGUCUUUCUUUACUUACUUGAUAAUGAUACUUCCUGGAUGAUACUUGCGAGUUCGGGAAUUGGGUGCUGCAUUGAAUUCUGGAAAAUUGGGAAGGCCAUGCACAUUGAGAUUGAUAGGUCGGGGAAGAUACCUAGGCUGAGGUUCCGAGAUCGCGACUCAUAUGCUGGGAAUAAGACAAAGGAGUACGAUGAUCUUGCCAUGAAGUACUUGUCUUAUGUGCUCUUCUUUCUUGUUGCCUGCUCUUCUGUUUAUUCUCUCAUGUAUGAACGCCAUAGGAGCUGGUACUCCUGGAUUCUUUCUUCACUCACAAGCUGUGUUUACAUGUUUGGUUUUAUUAUGAUGUGCCCUCAACUAUUCAUCAACUAUAAGCUGAAGUCUGUGGCGCAUCUACCCUGGAGGCAGAUGACAUACAAGUUUCUUAAUACCAUCAUUGAUGAUCUCUUUGCCUUUGUGAUUAAAAUGCCAAUGUUGCACCGGCUUUCUGUCUUCCGUGAUGAUGUCAUCUUUCUGAUAUAUGUGUACCAGAGGUGGAUCUAUCCGGUGGAUAGGAAACGAGUAAAUGAGUUUGGUUUUGCUGGAGAAGAAGAUGAAAAUCAGACUGCUGUGGUGGAUGCAACAGCGCAGGUGAAGGAAGAUGAUGAUAAGAAAACUAACUGAGAUGGUUGGUUGGUUGUCUUGUGCUGAAUCAAAAGCCUAUAAAUUUGACUUCCUUUACUUCUCCACUCUCUGUUUUUGUUCUUUUUGUUUUCAUUUUCAGUUUUUGAAUUCUAGGAAGAAUUCAGACCAAGUUUAUUGUAUUUAUGGUAAUAGUUGUUUUUUUUUCUUUUUUUUCCCUAACAAAAGCUAGACAUGCAUGAUGCUGCCCCUUCCUUUAAUGGCAACCUUAGGCUGAGCAUAAAAAGACCGACCUUUUUCUUGUUUUUUGGGUACGGUUUGUAGUUUGUAAUGUUAGUUUCGCCUUUAAGACUCAAUUCUGAUUCUCUCUCUCCUUUCA